GCCGCUACAUCAGCAGCAACUUCUGGAGUCGCAUCAAGGACGAAAUCGACGGCCUCGAGAUGGACAUCCGUGACCGGGACAUGGAUGACUCCGACCUGUCUGACUCAGGCGAGGCCGACCACAACACUGGCAGCAUGGCCACGUCCGAGAGGUCGGCCGGAACGCGCGCUGAACCUGGUACACUCAACCACGGUGGUCGACCAGGAUGACUUCGUGGGUGUCAAGCUGGCCGCAGCAGCUCUUGUAGAUGACUUGCGCCGCGUUUCGAGCGCAGAAGUCCCCCCUCUUGUCGAGUUGAGGUCAGACAGCCCAACCACCUUGGCCACAACCACGGCGAUCAUUGUGGGCACCAUCGAAUCGUCGUCGCUCAUCCGCGGCCUGGUCGAACAAGGCCUCGUCAACGUGGAAGCCAUAAAGGGCAAGUGGGAAUGCUUUGCCACCGCCGUCGUCGACAAACCGCAAUGUCUACCUGGAUGCGAGCGGGCAUUCGUCGUUGCAGGGAGCGACAAGCGAGGGGCGACAUAUGGUAUCUACACACUCACUGAGCAGAUUGGCGUCUCGCCGUGGCACUGGUGGGCGGACGUACCCGUCAAACACCACGAUGAGAUAUUUGCACUGCCUCAUCUGUAUUCGAGCAAGGAACCCAGCGUCAAGUUCAGAGGCAUCUUCAUCAAUGACGAAGCGCCAGCAUUGACGGGGUUGGUCUUGGAGAAGUUUGGAAAGUACGGCAAGGAAUUCCACGUGAAAGUCUUUGACUUGUUGCUGCGUUUGAAGGCAAAUUUUAUGUGGCCAGCAAUGUGGCCUGGGUACCCUAAUCCUGGCUCUUCGUUCUUUGCCGACGACGACGAAAAUCAGAAGACCGCAGAUGACUACGGCAUUGUCAUGUCAACAUCACACCACGAGCCAAUGCAGAGAGCGACAAAUGAAUGGUUCGCGGAGAAUGAAAGGGGUACAUGGUCGUGGCUCACUCACAAGGACAAGAUCACGCAAUUCUUCGACCAAGGUAUUCAUCGAGCGGUACCGUACGAGUCCUACUUCACGAUGGGCAUGAGAGGAGAGUAUGACGUUGCGAUGGACACAGACGAUCCUGCUGCAGUCAUCCAGGAUGUGAUCAACACUCAAAGAUCACUGAUCGGUGCUCGCCAUGGGCGUGAUGAUGCUGUUCCACAGCUGUUGGCGCUGUACAAGGAAGUGCAGGAAUAUUAUGACGCCGGGAAACUUGUGGUCCCUGAAGAUGUAACGCUUCUAUUCGCGGACGACAACUUUGGCAGCAUUCGCCGCUUGCCGAGUCGCAUGGAGCAAGGAAGAAAAGGCGGUGCAGGUAUAUACUACCACUUCGAAUAUGUCGGGCAUCCACGGAGUUACAAGUGGAUCAACUCCAAUUCGCUAGGAAAGACCUGGCAUCAACUGCAAGAAGCACAUGCACGGAACGCCAGGCAGAUCUGGGUGUUCAACGUGGGUGACAUCAAGCCGCUUGAGGUACCACUCACUUUUGCUAUGGCUCUCGCUUGGGACAUCACCUCCAUAGCGGCCGACGGUUUCAGCACUUUCUACAAGGAACUGGCGGUGCGUGACUUUGGCAAUGAUCUAGCGCCUUCCAUUGCUGCUUCUUGGGAUGGGUACGACCGGCUGGUCGCAGUCCGCCGCCACGAGCAUAUCGAAGCCAACACUUUCUCACUCCUCCACUACAGCGAAGCUGACAUGAUCGAGUCCGAGUGGCGCAAGCUCGUGGCCAAUGCCCAACUGGUCUACGAUAGCAUGGUUCCGGAGCAGUAUCGUGCUUGCUUCUUCGAACUUGUCCUUCACCCACUCAAAGCGAGCUUCAUCUACAACUCUCUCCGGAUCAACCAGGCGCGCAAUCAACUCUGGGCAUCACAGCGACGGAAUACGGCGAACAAGGCGAUGCGGACUGUCCUUGACUUGUUUGACGAAGACUUCUCCUUGAGCGAAGAGUUCCAUCAGAUUCUGGGCGGCAAAUGGAAUCAGAUCAUGCGCCAGACCCAUUAUGGGUUCAACGAUACUUGGCACGCCCCAAGUCGAGAUAUGAUCAGCGGUCUGUGUUACGUCCAGGCUCGACAGGAUAGCAACCCCGUCGUCGGUCAACUUGGGGUCUGCGUCGAAGGUCACACUGGUGUUAGACCGGGGGUGUGCAACGAGGAGAGCGACCGAACUCACCCCAGCCGUCGCGAUCUCGUGCCUGGUGUGACUUUGGGACCAAUGACACCUUACGGUCCAAAGUCUCGCUGGUUCGAACUUUAUACCCGCGGCAGCAAAACUCUUGAGUUUCAGUGCAGUGCACCAACCCCUUGUGUCCGGCUCUCGAUUGCCUCUGGGCGCGUGGUGCCGGGACAGCCCGAUGUGCGCGUUGAGAUUACCAUCGAUUGGGAGCAAGUGCCAGCGGAUCUCGAUGAAGAGGUUCUGAUUGAUGUGCGGACGCAAGGUGGCAACUACGGGCCAUACUUGGACGAUUUCGAGCAGGUCCAUCUUCCCAUCAAUAACCGCCGGCUCGACAAGGGCCAGUUGGCCACCUUCACAGGUUUUGUAGAGUCAGACGGGUAUGUGUCGAUUCCUGCUGUGGCUCCUGCAACACUUCCAUCGGAGUACCGCGUCCUGCCCAAAGUCGGUCGCCUGGGCUUGGGUUCCGUCGUUGUUGAUCGUGGCGCUGUUGCUGCCACCCAAGUUCCGGACCUUACCUAUGACAUUUAUGUCUGGGAGAGCACGUCAGCUGCAACUUUGACAUUAUACUUUAACAUGACGCUCGAUCUGGACCCGGACGAGGUCAUGCUUUAUAAUGUUUCCUUGGGUCCGUUGAGCCUUGAAAGACAACGACUGGUCAAGGAGCCGGCGAACAAAGGCGAACUCCCCCCUGGCUGGUACACGGCUGUCCAAGACUGUACUUGGAAGCCUCGGCACGAGGUUGGUGUCUUGCCGGCGGGCAGGCAUAGCCUUUACAUUCGAUUGCUUCAUCCUAACAUGAUCCUUGAGAAGGCCGUUGUGGAUCUGGGUGGCCUCAAGCCAAGCUACCUUGGGCCGCCCAUGAGCACACGCCUGAUUGCAAAUAGACAGUAGCCCAAAAACCGAGGCUGAGAACCGAACAACCUUUGUACCUCUGUACAACGGCAUGCAUGCCGCACAAGAGUACAUGGGUGGUGGUUCGGGGCAUCCAGGGAGACGAGAGACAAAGAGCAGGAGCUAUAGUUACGUCACAAGAGAGAUUAUGAGACACGACUCCAACGUUGAGUGUGAACAAGCCGGCUGAUGCAUAGUCUGCGCAUGGACGCACAAUGUGACUUGUAGUGCA